AUGGUGGUGACCACUUUCAUCAGCAGGUACAAUCCCCAGAUCCCCAGCCUGAAGGAAGCGGACGGAGAAACAUUCCCCUUUGUGGGCAGUGCUGCAAGACCCUCCAUCGUGACCCCUCCUAAGGACAUCUGGAAUGUGACAGGAGCACAGAUCUACCUGAGCUGUGAAGUCAUGGGCAUCCCAACCCCCGUCCUCAUCUGGAACAAGAUAAUUCGGGGACAGUAUGGUGUUCAGAGGAUGGAGCUCCUGCCUGGGGACCGGGAAAACUUGGCUAUCCAGACCCGAGGGGGCCCUGAGAAACACGAAGUGACUGGCUGGGUGCUUAUAUCUCCUCUGAGCAAAGAGGAUGCUGGAGAAUACGAGUGUCAUGCAUCGAAUGCCAAAGGAGAGGCAACAGCUUCUGCAAAAAUCCAUGUUGUGGAAACUCUGCAUGAAAUAGCCCUGACCAAAGAUGAUGGUGCAGAGCUGUGAUGUGAUGUGAGGACUUUCACUUAUGCACAGUUUUAAAUUAGUAUUUUGGAAAGCUGAGACCUCUGGCUUUUUCUAGCUCACUAAUCAUUCCCUCUUAACUCUCUUAUUCUUUGAUUACCAAUUUGCUUGCACACUUCUUUCACAGAUGCACAAAUAAAGAGAUUCACAAGUUUGAUUACAAACUUUAAUUCUAUUUACAGGAAAUAAACAUACUUUUGAACAGCACA